AUGGAUUCCGCCAUCGAUCUGUCCGAUGUCUCCAAGGCACUGGACCUUGCCAACAUUCGUUUCCAGUUGAUUCGUCUCGAGGACACGAUCACCUUCCACCUGAUCGAACGAGUACAGUUCCCGCAAAACAAGACCGUUUACGCGCCUGGCGGCGUGAAGAUCCCCAACAGCGAGCUCAGUCUACUAGACUACCUCCUCCGCGAGCAGGAGCGGAUCCAGUCCCGCGUCCGUCGCUAUCAAUCACCUGACGAAUACCCGUUCUUCCCAGAGGUGCUCGAAGAACCGAUCCUGCAGCCGCUGGAGUACCCGCGCAUCCUGCACGAGAACGAUGUCUGCGUCAACGAUGUGAUCAAAGAGCGCUACAUCAAUGAGGUCUUGCCGGCCAUUUGUCCCAAGUUUGGACGGGAGGACCGUGGUGAAACGCAGGAGAACUACGGCUCUGCGGCGACUUGCGAUGUUUCUUGUUUGCAGGCGCUGUCGCGUCGCAUUCACUUCGGAAAGUUCGUCGCGGAGUCCAAGUUCCAGAAGGAUCCUGAGACUUUCGUCCGUCUGAUCAAGGCUGAGGAUCGCGCGGGUAUUGAUGCUGCUAUCACCAACUCUGCUGUUGAGAAGAAGGUCCUUGAGCGCCUGGGUCUCAAGGCCAAGACUUACGGCACUGACCCUGCUUUCCCUGACGUCAAUGGUCCGAAGAUCAACGUCGAUGCUGUGGUUGCUAUGUACAAGGAAUGUGUUAUCCCAUUGACCAAGGUUGUCGAGGUCGAGUACCUCAUGCAGAGACUCAAGGGUACAAAAUGGGAGUAA